AUGAACAGUCACGGUGGUCGCCAACUUACACCUUCAUCCAGCAUCAUCAUGGCGCUUGCAAGACCAGCGGCAAAGCUGCCUCCCGGGGCCAAUCGGAUCCUCUUCGUAAAAAAUCUCAAUUACCAGAUUACGGGCGAGGACUUGUACGAUUUGUUCGGACGGUAUGGCAGUAUCCGCCAAAUUCGUAUCGGAAAUGAGCAGAAGACCAAGGGGACAGCUUUCGUAGUGUAUGACGACGUGAUGGAGGCCAAAAAUGCCCUCGACCAUCUCAAUGGUUUCCACCUCCAAGAGCGGUACAUAGUCGUCCUCUACCAUAUGCCGGCCAAGCAAGAUGCUGCUGCUGCGAAAGCCGAUCUUGCAAGACGAGAAGAGGAACUCGCACAGCUGAAGAAAAAGCAUAACAUCGGUGAUCCCUAA